GGGCGGGCUCUUGACACACGAUGGCACCUCCGACACGGACAGCAAAACCUCUCAAGUCAAUCCUCAAAAAGACGACUCCCUCCACGAUUAGCAAACAAGAAUCUUUGUUCCCUGCUUCGAAGAAGGAUAAACGCAGAAUAAAACACGAACAAUUAAUCAACAAAGUCACCAAGUCCGCUGCGAAGACGCCCCGACGGCGACGACCGAACAAGAAGUUGAUCACUACACUCGACGCCUUAGCGGAUGCUUUACCUACCGAUGAUUUCGAGACUGGGACAACGGUCUCAGCAGGGGAGAAGCUUGAGGAUCAGGUCAAUGUAAUCAAACGGAAGAGCAUGAAAUCUCGUCCAGGGGCUAUGAAGAGAAGAGAAAAGCUUGACAAAGGCGAGAGAGAUCGCUUUGCAAAGAACAUGGCGCAGCUUGCGGCUUCUCGGUCAGCAAGUGAUCCAGAGAAAGAAAUUGCAGAUGUGAACACUGUUUCGCAAGCGAGUGUACCCUCGACGAGCGAUAGGUGGGCUGCACUUCGAGGAUUUAUUUCUCAAACUCUGGAGACCAAGCCCGAGUUGAGUAAUCUGAAGAGCUGA